GUAUACAGUAUCAGUUCUUUAUGUUUGACAAGUAGUAUGAAGCUGUGGCUUGGAGUAUUGCUUCUACAUACUAUGUAAUGUAUUCCCUGUGAAUCUGGUGAUGUUUUUUUCCCCCUGUUCAGAGAAAUUCAUUAUAUGAAGUCCCUUGCAUUAUUUACCAUAAAGUAGUGUGGAAGUACCAGGGUUUGACCACUAGAUGCUGUUCCUGCUAUACCGCCACACUCUUUUAUCCGUUUUGCUUGACUUUUUAGUUUAUUAAAUAGAUCACAACAUUUCCUUUGCAACUUUGGGUAGAAAACCAAUAUAUUUGGCUCAUGAUGAAAAUAAAUUGUCUGGUCAACCUCACAAUUGAAGCCAGUACUCCAUGAAAGUAAAUCAGUUUGGCCUUCUUUUAUGCUUAAUCUUUGGCCAGGAAAUGUCUCCUUUGUGUGUGGUUUAUUCCCCUCAAAAAAAGUCUGGAUUAGUUACUUUUAGACCAUUCCUGGUGAACAAGCAAACCAUUAGGCUACAGCAGUUCAAAUGGUUUCAAUGUUAUGGUCUCUAAUGGUCUUCAAUGGUAAAAGUCCCAAACACACACUGUAUAGGGUUUCGCAAUUGUAAUGGUAUUGGGUUGCGUUGGGUUUAAUGGUAAAUAUCACUAGUCACAAUACACAUAGAGCCAUUUACAGAUAAUUUUAUUGCAAAAAUAAGACUGCCAUUCAAUUAAUUAUUUUAUUAGGGAUGUCACAACAUUUUAGUCCCUAGCCCAUUUCUCCAUCAACUUUUUGGGCUUGUAGGAAAAGUCUUCAUAUGAGAAUUGCAUAGGGAUAGCCCUAUUAGAGAGCGGCCACUUGUUGGACUAUACAAGGAGAGUUGGGUUGAAGCAUUAGGUUGCUAAGAGAUGGACAAACUUUCAUGGAGGACUAGCUUGAAUUGUGAGGAUGACCACACAAUUUAUUUUCAUAAUGAGCCAAAUCUAUUGGUUUUCUACCCAAAGUAUAGCAGGAACAGCGGCACCUAGUGGUCAAAACCUGAUACUUUCACACUACUUUAUGGUAAAUAGUGCAAGCGACUUCAAUGACAAAUUUCUCUGAACAGUUGAAAAAAAACCAUCACCAGAUUCACAGGGAAUACAUUACAUACUAUGGAGAAGCAAUACUCCAAGCCACAGCUACAUACUACUUGUCAAACAUAGAGAACUGAUACUGUAUACUGGUUGUUGGGGUGGGAUUGGCAUGGGGUGUGGGUGGUGUUUGACUAUUUUAGUGGGAUUCCUCAUGUCUUACUCAUUCAUACGAAGAAGUUUGGUCCAAAUUGGAUGUUGGGAACUAUAUUUUGGUCAUAAGCCCCUAACCUUGUGUCAUUGUGUUGCGCGGCUUGUGCCCACUACUCCCUCCCACAGUCCCGUGGUGCAGGGACAAUGGGGCAUUAGAAGCACAAAGAGAAUCCCGCUCCAUAGCAGAAUCAGAGCCAGGGAGAAAGGCCCCACACAAUCGCUUGGUUCCAUCAGCAGUAAUUACACAAGAGAAAAACCUCUGGACGCUGACAAUGGAGAGAUGGACAGUGGUCAGCCAUGUUAGAAAGAGAGACAGAGAGAGGGGGGACGGGGGAUGCAAAGCAAAGGCAUCUCCCUAUGUUGCCUGUGUUACUCUUCUCUCCUCUUUAGAUUAGUUCACCCUUUAGUCAGAUACUUGUUAGGUCUGAUGAGAAAUGUUAAGGGAAUUAAUGCAGACUACUGGGCUGAGCGAAUGUGUUGUUUACUGCUUGAAGAGUGACUGGUAUCUGUCCCGUCCAUGCCUGUCUCACAGGAGCAAAUUCAACACCUCAGUUAGACUGUCAACAAGCCAUACUGAGAGUCUAUAUUUGGCUUUUACUACCAUGUCCCUCAGACUCUCCUCUCCUCCUCCUCCUCUACCGCUCUGUUGCAGUCUCUCUGUUUGUAUCUUCUCAUUCAAUCACAAACCCUGUCUCUCCAUCUCUUUCUCUCUCUCCCACUUCCCUCCAAUAAACCCCUAACUGUGCUGUCGAUUUCAGCCGUUAAUCGCUCCUGGCAACACACUGCUGCCAGCUGGGGGCCUCCAACUAGCGCUGUGUGUAUUUGUGUGUGACGACCCCCCCCCCCCCCCCCCCCACACACACAUACACACUUUUCCUCCAAUAACUGUCAUCCUCCACACAAACACACACACACACACACACACACACACUCACACACUGGUGGGUUGUAAGGGAACAGAGACAGCUGCUCCUCACUGUGGCUGAGGUAACAGUCUCCUGUACCGGGGUUCUCUUUCUAUUGGCUAAACCAGAGGAGUGACGGCAGGGGAGAGAGGCAGCGGACGGGAGUGUGUGUGAAUAUGUGUUUACAAAAUAACCUUAGCUUUGGACUAUGAUGCCAUAAAGGUGAUACUCUCUCUUAUUCCCCCCUCGGCUGUCCGCUCCUCCGUUUCUCUCCUCUCAUAUCUCCCUUUCUCUCUCUCUUGACUGUGGAACUAACAUUGUUGGCCUAUGGGUUGUACUUGAAGGACACACCAUGGAGGUGAGAUGCUGUAUUUUUGUCCAUUUAUAAUUUGUAGGUGGUCUGUAUUAUUAUUAUUAUUAUUAUUAUUAUUAUGUCUGUACACAGAAUGUGAAUAAUGUUGUUACACAGGGUGAAGCUUGGGGGCAUUUAAGCAAGGUGUCACUAAUAGCUUUGUUUUGUUCAAGUAUUUAUCAGAAUAUAAAAUGACUGUCUGAAUUUCAGUUACAGUUUUAGUGCCAUUUUCCUUGGAUGUGUUGUUGUAAGGAUCUUUUUCUGCCUACAUGGAUUAAUACAUAUUAUAUUACAUGGCUAUUACAUAUUAGUACGGUUUUGGGCUUUUGUUUAGAAUUGUGUGAUUACUAUACUAUAAAGUGUUGUGUAAUGUAAUGUACUUGCUGUGUUGUAGUAUAGCCUUGUCCAGUUCUGUGUUUAACAUAGGAUAUUUGUUUAACAGUCACUGCUGGUAAAGUUAUACAGUUUUUAGUAAUAUGUAUUUUGUUAUAGGUGUUCCAUUCUAUUUCCUUUCAUUUCUGUUAUUGAGGCUUGAUUAUUUUGGAUUUAGCAUCAGCACGGAGGCAUUGGGAUGAAUUGGUCCAAAUAGACUUGCUGCUGAUAAAUAGAACUAUGUGCCUCAUGAGUACUGUAUGCACAGCAGUUAGAUGAUGAGUGCCCCAUUCUUCUUGCUCCAUAUAUACUGGGCUCUCUAUGGAUACUCUGUAAUUCAGAGCCUGUCAUCCUGCAUGGGUCAUGGUUAUUGUGCCCGCCACAUAUCUGUACACAUUAUUUCAUAAAAGGGCUCCAUACUGUGGUGCUGUGGAGCUUUUGAGAGGGCGGGUUACCAUGACGCACAGAAAAAUGACAUUCCCAUAGCGACGGCUGCUUGGGGUCAAGAGCAGUGUUGAGAGAUAUUCCGAGUACGGACACGCUGAGAGGGAACGAAAUAAAGAUAAAGGGAGAGAGAGAGGAGGGGAGGAAAGAGGGAGAGGGUGGUGAUUGAAUUAAAUUGUGUUGGGUUUGGUGUGUUCUGUAAUGAAUUUUGAAACUGUGGCCGCAAUGGUAGAGAGAAACAUAGAUUUUCCUCUCUCACAUACACACACGCUUACACACACACACACACACACACACACACACACACCAGUGGCGGUCGGUGCCAUUUCCGAUAAUGGAGGAUGAUAAUUUUUUGAAUGAGCAUGGCCUUAUUUCUAUUAAAGCAUAUUGGAUGACUGUCAUUUAUAUUCCAUUCACCCAGAUGAAUGUAACAUCGAUAGGUUUAGGCUACUACAUGAUACUCAACAUUUCCCCGUACCCAUCAUGAUGUUGCUACAACCUAGCCUAUGAAUGAAAGUUUACAACAUAGGUGCACAGGUUGAGAGAACAAUUUGAGUAAUCAAGGUGACAGACAGUGACACAUUCAAUACUGCCUUGCACACUCUUGCCUGCAUCUAGCUGAUCUAGGUUGUAAUCAUUAGUCCAACAGUGGACUAAUAAAUUAAUAAAAGCAAAAGCUUACCUUGACUUGGAAGAGUUCCAGUGUUGGAUAACAAUAGCCAGCUAGCAACAUAGCAUCCCUCUCUGUUUAAGCGGGUGUUUGAGUAGGCUAAACUAGCUAGCUGCAUUCGCUAGCUAAGUAAGUGAGAGUGAAAAAAUAUAGCUAGCUCUCGCUCCCUUCUCUUUCAUUUUUGAAGAAAUUAAUUUGUUAAAAACUGUGCUAGCUAGCUGUAGCUUAUGCUUUCAGUACUAGAUUGAUUAUCUGAUCCUUUGAUUGGGUGGACAACAUGUCAGUUCAUGCUGCAAGAGCUCUGAUAGGAUGUAGGACAUCCUCCAGAAGCAUAAUUACUGUGUAAGUCUAUGGAAGGGGGUGAGAACCAUGAGCCUCCUAGGUUUGUAUUGAAGUCAAUGUACCCAGAGGAGGACGGAAACUAGCUGUCCUCCGGCUACACCAUGGUGCUAUGCUACAGAGUGCUGUUGAGGUUACUGUUGACCUUCACUGCAAAACAGUGUGUUUUAAUCAAUUAUUUGGUGACGUGAAUAUAUUUAGUAUAGUUUUAACUAAAAAAAUUAAAGUAUUUUAUUUCUAUUUUUAUGAAAUUCACUGAGGAGGAUGGUCCUCCCCUUCCUCCUUUGAGGAGUCUCCGCUGAUAUCAACACACACACACACAGUCACACACACACCCUCCCGCGUUUCCUCUCUCCUGUGCUUUGUCAUGUGGUGUUUGCCUUGUGUAAGCAUCACUGUGUCCAGCAGUGAGAAGAGAGGGAACAUUCUGCUCUCUCUCAACUCAUACCCACAUUCACUCAAAUAGCUAGCUACUGAAAUAUAUUCAAACAUACAUAAACUACGAUAUACAGUACUGCAUACUUUCAUAUAGCUCAGUUGUUCCCAAACUUUGUUGCAUUGUGACCCACCUAAGGGCUUUUGAAUUGUUGUGUAAUCCACCAGAGAAACCAUGUCUACAGUCAUAACAUAGCUGGUAUGUUUUCCCCUUUAUAUAAUCAAUGUUGACUGUCUCUGUCCAUCUAUAGGUAAUGCAGGUUGUGCGUGAGCAGAUCACCAGGACUCUGUCCAGUAAGCCCACAUCUCUGGAGCUAUUUAAGAACAAGGUGAAUGCACUGAACUACAGUGAGAUCCUCAAACUACGACAGACAGAGCGGCUGCACCAAGAGGAGACCCUCGCUCCGCCUGUAUUGUGAGUCCUUUAACUGUUUGAGCAGAAUAAAAAAAAUUUUUCUCUCUCUCUCGCUCAAUGACACACACACACACACACACACAACCCCUCAUAAGCAUGUACUUCCCCCAAAGGCCCCUAGAGGGCAGAGGUCAGCCCCCGUAGUGUAUGUAUGUGUGUAUACUUACAUUUUAAAUUUACAUUUUAGUCAUUUAGCAGACGCUUUUAUCCAGAGCGACUUACAGUUAGUGAGUGCAUCCAUUUUCAUACUGGCCCCCCCGUGGGAAACGAACCCACAACCCUGGCGUUGCAAGCGCCAUGCUCUACCAACUGAGCUACAGGGGACCUCCAGCGUGUAUACCAGUAUGUAAGUGUGAAUGAAUGACAAUUCACCACCAUUCUUCUCUGGUCCAGAAUAUUUUCGACCCCUAUGAAAUACGGGGUGUUGCUAUACUCUGCUUCUGCCCUGUUUGUCACCAAACAUCUGGGAAAUGUCAUGUGACCGUCCCAGUCACAGGUCCAGAGUAAAACAAGCCCAUUUCUACCCAAUUACACAUUUCCAGUCAGCCAAGCAGCCCUGAUCCUAUCUGUUUGUCCUCAUCCCAUGUGGUCCAUAUUUAUUAAUAUGUCCUUGCUUUAUCAAUGCAAGAUACUCACUUAUCAGUAUCAGGUCAAAUACAGCUCAUUGAAUUGAAUAGAAUAAUGUUGAGUGUUAUGGGUAGGGGAGAACCGGGAGGAAAGUAACACUUUUAGUUUUCUUCCUAAUUACUCAGAGAUCGAUAGAGCUAGAGAGACCAUAUUUUAUGACAAACAAUAUGUCCUCUACAAUUAGCAACUGUAAUUUAAUUUCUAGGGUAAAUUAGUUGAAAUGAAAUAGACCGAGAACAGAACUACCGCAAUGUUACUUUAGUACCUGCCGGCGGGGCGGGAGUAACACAGCCUUGGGACGGAAGAGUUGGUGACAAUAUCUGUCUUAUCGCCAUGUUUCUGGUUUGUAAUGCUUGUUACAUUCAACAAAUGGACUAUCAGCCAUAAUUUCAUGUUUGUGUCGAUUUGAAUAAUUAAUUAACCAUGCGUCAACAUCGCAAUGUUGCACAACUACAAUAUUUUGCCUUACAAUACUAAAAUGGAUCACAUAAUAGCUGUAUUAACCAUCUCACUUUAAUGGGAAUGUAGUAUGAUAUGUUUCUCAUCAUUUUCAUUGACCAUUCAUGCUUAGCCCUACCAAUCAGGUACGCUCCAGCUGUCCUUGUCAUGCACUCUCCUCAUGUCUUGAUAGAAUAAACAUUUUUAUUUUCUUCACAAACGGCAAACUCAUCAGGCUUUUCACAUUUCCAUCGCUUGACACAAGGUAAUUAACCCCCAGAAUCAGAAAGAUAUAUAUUUUUAACCACUAACCUGACGAUAAGAAGCUGAUCCAUUAAGGCCUAAUUCUAAUGAUGUCAUAUAUAAUUUUCAAACAUCCAGUCACUUGUUGAUAUUUUGCUAACAUUAUGAAAGCAAUAUGAACUAGAGGAGACAAUGGCCUGUGCUUAAACUUUUAUUAUUUUAUUUUAUUCCAGUAAACAUUGUGUUAAUUUCGUCCCACACGUCUCUCCUGUAAGUUCUCCCAUGCUAACACCCAAGACUAGCUAGCAUGAUUCUUGAAACCUAUGCUGUCAUUUAGUCACUAGAUGGGUUAAGACAAUUACAUACAGUACCAGUCAAAAGUUUGGACACACCUACUCAUUCAAGGGUUUUUCUUUAUUUGUACUAUUUUCUACAUUGUAGAAUAAUAGUGAAGACAUCAAAACUAUGAAAUAACACAUAUGGAAUCAUGUAGUAAACAAGAAAGUGUUAAACAAAUCAAAAUAAAUGUUAUAUUUUAAGAUUCUUCAAAGUAGCCACCCUUUGCCUUGAUGACAGCUUUGCACACUCUUGGCAUUCUCUCAACCAGCUUCACCUGGAAUGCUUUUCCAACAGUCUUGAAGGAGUUCCCACAUAUGCUGAGCACUUAUUGGCUGCUUUUCCUUCACUCUGCGGUCCAACUCAUCCCAAACCAUCUUAAUUGGGUUGAGGUCGGGUGAUUGUGGAGGCCAGGUCAUCUGAUGCAGCACUCCAUCACUCUCCUUCUUGGUAAAAUAGCCCUUACACAGCCUGGAGGUGUGUUGUGUCAUUGUCCUGUUGAAAAACAAAUGAUAGUCCCACUAAACGCAAACCAGAUGGGAUGGUGUAUCGCUGCAGAAUGCUGUGGUAGCCAUGCUGGAUAAGUGUGCCUUGAAUUCUAAAUAAAUCACCAACAGUGUCACCAGCAAAGCACCCCCACACCAUCAAACCUCCUCCUCCAUGCUUCACGGUGGGAACCACACAUGCGAAGAUCAUCCGUUCACCUACUCUGCGUCUCACAAAGACACGGCGGUUGGAACCAUAAAUCUCAAAUUUGGACUCAUCAGACCAAAGGACAGGUUUCCACCGGUCUAAUGUCCAUUGCUCGUGUUUCUUGGCCCAAGCAAGUGUCUUCUUCUUAUUGGUUUUUGUGACUGCACUUGAAGAAACGUUCAAAGUUCUUGAAAUUUUCCGUAUUGACUGACCUUCAUGUCUUAAAGUAAUGAUGGACUGUUGUUUCUCUUUGCUUAUUUGAGCUGUUCUUGCCAUAAUAUGGACUUGGUCUUUUACCAAAUAGGGCUAUCUUCUGUAUACCACCCCUACCUUGUCACAACACAACUGAUUGGCUCAAACGCAUUAAGAAGGAAAAAAUUCCACAAAUUAACUUUUAACAAGGCACACCUGUUAAUUGAAAUGAAUUCCAGGUGACUACCACAUGAAGCGGAGUGUGCAAAGCUGUCAUCAAGGCAAAGGGUGGCUACUUUGAAGAAUCUCAAAUAUAAAAUAUAUUUUGAUUUGUUUAACACUUUUUUGGUUACUACAUGAUUCCAUAUGUGUUAUUUCAUAGUUUUGAUGUCUUCACUAUUAUUCUACAAUGUAGGAAAUAGUAAAAAUAAAGAAAAACCCUUGAAUGAGUAGGUGUGUCCAAACUUUUGACUGGUACUGUAUGUUUGGAACCUCAAAACCACUCAAAACGAAACAUGGUCGGACGUGGCUGUUUUUUUGCUGGGAGCUCGUCUUCCGCAUUAGGAACAUGCUGACUUCACUACGUCAUUCUAGCUUCUGUCUUAUCUGAGAAAAUGAGCACGUUACUUUAUACCCAUAGUACUUUAGUCCUGGCUCUCCCCUACUUGCAGUGUUUGACUGUUUCUCUGUAUGCACCCCUGCAGAGAGCUGAAGGAGCGUCUGAAGCCUGAGCUGUUGGAGCUGAUUCGCCAGCAGAGACUGAACCGCCUGUGUCAGGGAACACUCUUCCGCAAGAUCAGCAGCCGACGCAGACAGGGUGAGACCCCUCACAUCUCUGUGAGAGGGGUGGACAGGCAUUUCCAUUAGAAAGAGAUAGAGAAGUAAAGGGGAAGCUACCAGGAGAGCCCAACCCCCAGUGAAAAGUAGGGAGACGAAGGAAGGAUGGUAGAUGAAGAGACAGUUAGCCUUUCUUAAACCAUGCUGAUUAUUUAUUAUUAUUGGUCAUUUCAGAUAAGUUGUGGUACUGUCGUUUGUCACCCAAUCACAAAGUCCUGCACUUUGGCGAUGUGGAGGAGGACACAGAAACACCCCCCAUCGAGAGUCUCCAGGAGAAGAGUGAGUUAUUAACAACAGCAACACUAUGAGUGACUCUGUAACCUUCCACUGUAGCCUUGACACUGCUUUGACAUCAGCCUCUGUCAUUGGCUCUGUGUUCAAAGCUGAGGUGUGCCGCUAAACAUGCUCUUCCUAUUUUCCUCUCUCAGUUCCUGUUGCAGAUAUCAAAGCACUGCUGACAGGGAAAGACUGCCCUCACAUGAAGGAGAAUAAGGGCAAACAGACCAAGGUUUGUACGAUAAGAUAUACAGAAUGGAAAUGUGUCAACUGCUUUUAUCCAACCCCCUAUAUACAGUGGGGAGAACAAGUAUUGAUACACUGCCGAUUUCGCAGGUUUUCCUACUUACAAAGCAUGUAGAGGUCUGUAAUUUUUAUCAUAGGUACACUUCAACUGUGAGAGACGGAAUCUAAAACAAAAAUCCAGAAAAUCACAUUGUAUGAUUAUUAAGUAAUUAAUUUGCAUUUUAUUGCAUGACAUAAGUAUUUGAUACAUCAGAAAAGCAGAACUUAAUAUUUGGUACAGAAACCUUUGUUUGCAAUUACAGAGAUCAUACGUUUCCUGUAGGUCUUGACCAGGUUUGCACACACUGCAGCAGGGAUUUUGGCCCACUCCUCCAUACAGACCUUCUCCAGAUCCUUCAGGUUUCGGGGCUGUCGCUGGGAAAUACGGACUUUCAGCUCCCUCCAAAGAUUUUCUAUUGGGUUCAGGUCUGGAGACUGGCUAGGCCACUCCAGGACCUUGAGAUGCUUCUUACAGAGCCACUCCUUAGUUGCCCUGGCUGUGUGUUUCGGGUCGUUGUCAUGCUGGAAGACCCAGCCACGACCCAUCUUCAAUGCUCUUACUGAGGGAAGGAGGUUGUUGGCCAAGAUCUCGCGAUACGUGGCCCCAUCCAUCCUCCCCUCAAUACGGUGCAGUCGUCCUGUCCCCUUUGCAUCCCCAAAGAAUGAUGUUUCCACCUCCAUGCUUCACGGUUGGGAUGGUGUUCUUGGGGUUGUACUCAUCCUUCUUCUUCCUCCAAACACGGCGAGUGGAGUUUAGACCAAAAAGCUCUAUUUUUGUCUCAUCAGACCACAUGACCUUCUCCCAUUCCUCCUCUGGAUCAUCCAGAUGGUCAUUGGCAAACUUCAGACGGGCCUGGACAUGCGCUGGCUUGAGCAGGGGGACCUUGCGUGCGCUGCAGGAUUUUAAUCCAUGACGGCGUAGUAUGUUACUAAUGUUUUUUUUUUUUUGACUGUGGUCCCAGCUCUCUUUGAGACUGUGGUCCUGCCAUGUAGUUCUGGGCUGAUCCCUCAGCUUCCUCAUGAUCAUUGAUGCCCCACGAGGUGAGAUCUUGCAUGGAGCCCCAGACCGAGGGGGAUUGACCGUCAUCUUGAACUUCUUCCAUUUUCUAAUAAUUGCGCCAACAGUUGUUGCCUUCUCACCAAGCUGCUUGCCUAUUGUCCUGUAGCCCAUCCCAGCCUUGUGCAGGUCUACAAUUGUAUCCCUGAUGUCCUUACACAGCUCUCUGGUCUUGGCCAUUGUGGAGAGGUUGGAGUCUGUUUGAUUGAGUGUGUGGACAGGUGUCUUUUAUACAGGUAACGAGUUCAAACAGGUGCAGUUAAUACAGGUAAUGAGUGGAGAACAGGAGGGCUUCUUAAAGAAAAACUAACAGGUCUGUGAGAGCCGGAAUUCUUACUGGUUGGUAGGUGAUCAAAUACUUAUGUCAUGCAAUAAAAUGCAAAUUAAUUACUUAAAAAUCAUACAAUGUGAUUUUCUGGAUUUUACAGACCUCUACAUGCUUUGUAAGUAGGAAAACCUGCAAAAUCGGCAGUGUAUCAAAUACUUGUUCUCCCCACACACACAUGGUUGGAGAGGCUGGAGCAGAGGACAGCGCAGCGCCCAAUGAGCAGUUUAGGGGGUUAAGUUCCUUGCUCAAGUGAACAUCAGCAGAAGGUGGCACCUGAGAUAUUGAUGCCAGCAACCCUCAGGUUGCCGGCUCACUGCCUGCCAGAUCCCCCCAUCAGCAUUGGCUACCGCUGCCCCUACUGACAACAUCCCUUGAACAUUCCUUUGGCCCUACGGCUAACUUCUUCUUUCACACUAUGUACCUGGCCCUCCAUAAACUAUGGUGUGCUGUGUCUUCCUGCAGGAAGUGUUGGACCUGGCUUUCAGCAUCACUUAUGACAUGGAGGAGUACAGCCUCAACUUUAUCGCCUCAUCCAGAACAGACGUGAGUAGUGACGUAAUGACACAGGAGCUACUGUCUGUACUGUCCACAUAGAUCGUUCUCUCACUCUCUUUUCCCAGAGUUAAAUCACACAUCUCUCUCUCUCUCUCUUUUUAUCUUUCUGUCUCUCUCUUCCCUCUCUCAAUUUAAUAACUUAAUUGGUGUGGAUAGUUAAAGCAUGUACAUUGCCAAAGUAAACAUACAGUAUAACAAAGAUGGUCAAAUAACAAGAUGAUCUCUCUGUCUCCCUUCUUCAGUUCUGCCUGUGGACAGACGGACUGAGCGUGCUCCUGGGGCGGGACAUGAGCAGUGAGUGCAUGAGGAGCGAGCUGGAUAUCCUGCUCUCCAUGGAGAUCAAGCUCCGCCUCCUGGACCUGGAGAACGUGCCCAUCCCAGACAGCGCCCCCCCGGUGCCCAAACCCCCCAGCAACUUCAACUUCUGCUACGACUUAAGCCAGGCUGAGCAGUAGGCCUGGAGAGAGGUCAAGGCAUGGCAGAGGAGGAGACCUGGGGCAUUUUCAGGAGGAUGUAACGUUACAGAAUGUUCAGAUAGAAAUGCGUGAAGUAGAACAGACAUGAUCAUCUGUCUGAUGGAAUAGGGAAGCAUGUCAGCUCUUCAUUCUAUUUCUAUCUGCCACGUUCAGAAUGUUUCAUGUCACUGAAUGUACCCCAAUAACGACCAAGCAUGUGGACAUAGCUGGAUACACAGGAGGAACAGUGGCAACAUGGAGGUCUGGAUGGACAUAAAGAUGAUCUAAAGCAGAGGUGUCUUCUUAUAUGGGCAGAGUAAUGCGGAAGACGAGAGGCUGAAGUCGAUUCCUUGGGUACUAUUAGAGUGGUCAACUUUUGGGGUGUGGUCUGGGUACACAAGUGUAUUGUACCUGUAG